ACUAGGACCCUGAAACGACAGAGACAGACAGAAGUAAACAUGGCAGACAGAGACACAUGCACAAGUGCUCACAAACACAAUGUUUAUGAGGAGCUGCUCAGUCCAUCAGAGCUGUUUGAGGCGAGGUCCCGGAGCCAUAAGAUACCGGUGAGGGGUCAGAAAGACUUCCUGCCCAGUGGGUCGGAGCAGCAGACGGCCCAUCUGCAGCAGAGUCUGGACGAGCACUGGACGCUCCUGGCCGAGGAGAGAGUCGAGAGACUAGGGAAUCUAGUGAAAGCUGUCUGGAUCCCUGACGAAAGACUAGUGGAGCUGCAGUCACCAGCAGGGAAGUUUUGGCAGACGAUGGGUUUUUCAGAGAGAGGCAAGCAGUACCUGCUUCCUGAAGAGGCUCUUUACCUUAUGGAAUGUGUGAGUGGCCUCAGUGACAAACAAAACACACCACCAGAGGAGAAGACGACAACUGAAGACCAAAGUGAGGAGCUAGUCAAGACAGAGCCGCCUCUGGAGGAGCCCAUGCAGUCCGCCGAUGCCUCUGACAGGACGUGGUGGAUGGAGGGGGAUGUCCAGCCGUCUCCUGCUCAAGCCCAAAGAGCAGCUCCUCGCUGGGACUUCAGCAGCAUCUCUUUCCCGGACCUGGGCUCUUGCCGGAGCCGCUCCGUCUCUCUGGCGUCUCCAGACCCCAGCCUGCUGCCCGGAGCGCUGGAGGUGGGCGGCUGCGAUUUGUCCCCGUGGCUCAGCAGACUCAACGUGAAGCAGGAGAAGCUGUCGCGGCGGGAAAGGGAGCGUCAGAGAGACAGGGAUCGCUAUCACAGGGAUAUGAACAGUGACCGAGAGGUGCGGCACUGCAGGAACUGGGCCGAGUAUUUGCAGCUGCUGGAGGACAGGAGGAGACGGAGGCAGAAAGAUAGACCUGUGCAUCUGUGGGAGAAGGAGGUGACGCCGCUCACUCAGCCGGGCCAGUGCACCUCACACCGUGAACUGCUGGACCAGAUCAGCAUUAUCAAGUCUUCGAGCUGGUCUGAGGGGGUUUCCAGCUUGUCCCCGUCAGACCAGUGGAAGAUUAGUUUUGAUGUUUACCAACCGGACACGGUGGCAGAGUUUAAAAAGAGCCUCCCUGGAAAGCCUUACACCCGCAUGUGUGUCUGCAGUUUUGACGGUCCAGUGCCUGAUCUGAAUGCCAUGAAGCAGCUGUCCUUCCAAAGCGGAGACGUCCCAGUCACUUUUGCAGUGGUGGAUCAUGGGGACAUCUCCUUUUAUUGCUUCAAGGAUUUCAAACUGCCGACUGAUGUGUAUUAAAGGAGGAUUUCUAAAACUGUGCUGAUAAAAUGCAUGGAUCUCAGGGUAUUAAUGAGAUAGUUCAGCCAACAAUGAAAGUUCGGUCAUCAUUUACUCAGCCUCACGUUGUUCCAAGAAUGUUGGCAACCAAAUAUUUUCUGUUCCCAUUGACUUGUAUUUUUAUUCAUACAGUGGAGGUGAAUGGGAACCGAAGCGAUUUGGUUACCAACAUUCUUCAAAGAUUACCAACAUUAUUCAAAAAUCUUUU